GUCAGAUCGUUCAAGCCCCGCACCAAUCUCAACUCCCGCACCAAGCUCAUCCGCAACGUCUUCUGCCAACUGGCGUGAACGCCGAUCAAGGUUCCAUCACCAGCCGGAACGCGUCCAUGAGGACAAGCGACAGCAUCGAUAACGGCCCCAGCUCCAACGCGCAGGACUACAUCCGUCAUUCGAGUCUGCUCACGGACGAUGAGAGGCAGGCUGGCCGCAACACGCCCGUCAUUAUCCAGUUAGAGGAACGGCUCCCCGAUCCACUGACCGUGGAAGACGCUCAGGACCGAAUUCGUAUCACAGGAUGGGCCUACGAACAAGAACCAACACCGGGCUCAUCAAGCGGGGCCAGCCGAAAGAGGGGUUCGGACCAGAUCGACGACGACGGCGUCGGUGCGUCGUCUGCGUCUGCGUCGCGACCCAAGCGCCCACGGCGCAACAACGCGAAGGGUCUGAAGCCAUCGGCAUCCAGUUCAAGGACUGGAACAACUGCUGGAGCUUCAGACCUUCCAACUAACAAGUAAAUACAUGCGCAUCCUCGCCUCGACGGUCUAUAGCCGUCGAAGAAGGAGGAUCGUGCAUUUUCU